AUGCAUUUUUUCUCUCUAAGGAUUUUCUAGAAAUCCCCAGUUUAAGUACUCAGUUUAGGUGGGUGUCUCUGUUUAGAUUCACAUCUUUGCCUUCCACUAGUAAAAAUUUUUCACAUGACCCAUGAUAAAGAGUGGAAUUCUAUUUUAAGUACACAUACAGCAAAGAAGUUCUUAUGGCAGGACAUGCUACAGCAGUAAGAUUACGGCAGUUUGUAGAUCCAGCCCCAGAAAUCCCUCCAGGAAUUAUCCAUCAUCAAGGAAAGGAUGUUCUUGGUUACUAUCCAGGGCAGCUGGCACGUCUUCAUAUUGCAUAUGCUCCUGAAGGGAAGCCAAGAUAUUUUACAAAGCUGCAGCCAAUUCCAGUAAAAGAUGAACUUGCACCUCACCAUACAUUUGACAAUUUAAUUCUGAAGCAGUAUAUCUACUACCAAAAGACAAAGAAGAGAGUCCUUGACUGGUACACACAAACCACAUACAGAGAAGCAUUCACAUUACCAUUUUACAAGUCUGACAGUUCUAAGAAUGGCUAUCACCCAAGAACUGAGGCUGAAUCACUGUCAGUUUGGAAAAGUAUUUCGACCAAGAGGCACAAUUUUAAACCUUCAUUUAUGGGAGUCUGAUCAGUUCUUUCACCUGGAUUAAAAAUAACAAACAACAGCACGGAAGAACCUUUCAAUACUGCUUCUGUCAAAAAGAGAAAGGAUUGCUACUAAUAAUAUAAGGAUGA